AUGGUGAUCGGUGAUCUAGUGAUCGGGGGAUCGCUCUUCCCUCAUCGGCCAGUACACAAAGUGACAUGGGUUUCCCGUGAUGGCUUCACGGAGAAUCAAAUCGACCACAUCCGCAUCAGCCGAAAAUGGAGAAGGAGCCUUCUUGAUGUGCGUAACAAGCGUAGCGCCGAUAUAGCGUCCGACCACCUAAUAGGCGAGAUCCGGCUGCGUAUUGCAAGGAUUCAUCGACAGGAGGAGAAGAUCGGGCGUCGGUUUAACACACGUCGUCUGGAAGAUGCUGCGGUAAGAAGGUCCUUCGUCGAGGAGCUGAAGAACCAUGUUGCAGAUAUUCCGGAAGGUGGAAGGGUAGAAGAUCAAUGGACCGCCAUCAAGAACACCUUCAUCGCCACCGGCGAGAAUAAUCUGGGUAAGCUACGUACCCAGAGAAAACAGUGGAUCACAGAUGACACCUGGAAGAAGAUAGAGGAACGAUGGGACGCCAAAGCCGCGAUUGAGCGAGCUAAAACACGAGGAGCCAAAGCCGCAGCCCCUCAGCGCUAUUCGGCUCUAGAGAAGGAAGUGAAACGCUCAUGUAGACGGGACAUAAGAUAG